AUGUCUUUGAUGCCCCUCUCUGGAAAGACUGCAGCUGAAGAUAUUCUAGCUCCUAGGAUCAACUGGCCUCGACUGAUCGUAUUCUUCCAAAAAAAGCUCUCCGAGCAAGUCGCCAUUUUGAACCCAGCUGUUAGUGAUGAGAUAGUCACAUCUUUCUCAGUCAUUGAGACUAUUCAGACCGAGGGCCGUCGCUGUGACACUGACCAUGGCUAUUACCCUGAUCUCGGAAUCUAUCAUGAACUCACUGUCAAGUCCCCCGACUGGGUUCAGAUCUUGAUACUCCUGUACUGGCGAACGGCUCAGCAAGCAUUCGCUUGGGCAAUGUUCUGUUCUCUUCUUCGCCGCGGUACUGUGGAGUUUGACUGUCUUGAAUACCCUAUGGACCUUUUCCAGAUCUCAUCCAACGCCCAUGCCAUUUCUAGCCUAUUAUUCUGUUUCCCAGCAGUUCAAGAAAUCUUUGAGCCAAAAUCAGAAAUAUCUGAGCUGCAGGCAGGUCCGUGGUACUCAGCUUUGGACUGGCUUUCAGCCGCUAUCGCCAGAAGUGGGGUGGCCAUCUCACAAUUAGUGAAAGACAUUGAGGACAGUGGCAUCUUCGGCGGCAUCGACCAGCAGGCAUACACCACUUUCAAAAAAAAAGAACGCGCAGCUUCAGAAUCCUCAAAAUCCCCGUGA